CGCGUGCUCCCGGCGGAAGCGCAGAAGCAGACGGAGGUGGAGCGGCAGAAGAUCGUGGCCGAGUGCAAGGAGCUGCGGGCGUUCCUGGAGGAGAAGGAGCAGCUGCUGCUGUCCCGCCUGGAGGAGCUGGACAGGGACAUCGGGCGCCGGCGCGACGAGAGCGUGGCCAGGCUGGCCGAGGACAUCGCCCAGCUCGACAAGCUGCUGGCAGAGCAGGGAGGGGACGGCGGCCCAGGGAGCGCCCCUGGGGAGGGUGUUGUCCCAGCUGGCAGCAGCCUGGAGAGCUGGAUGUUCCUGAAGCCCGAGCCCGGCUUCUCCGAGCUGGAGAAGAAGCUCAAGAGCUUCUCCCAGAAGAGCGCAGUGCUGAAGGAGGUGCUGCUGGAGUUCAAGGAGAACCUGCGCUUCGAGCUGGAGAACGACACAGGUGAGUUCCCAGGGAUUCCAUGGAAUUGGCUGGGAAUGGAAAUGGGACUGCCCUGUGCCCCAGUGACCCCAUACGUGCCCCCAUCCCAUCACUGA